AUUCUGCUCAGGAGCAUCAGUCGUCCCGCGUUGAUUCGCCCCCGUACCGAUCGAUCUCAAAAAUUGUCCACAUCAAUUUUCGAAAGUUGCAGGUCCUCUUUCGUAGUUCUUUGUGGUCAAGAAGUUCUUGUAAGUAUCACAAAUGCCAGAUCCAGAUGAAGAUGAUCUCAGUGAAGCUCUUCUUCAACUUCAUCCUGUCCGGCAGCAGUAUCUUGUUGAGUCGGGUUGAUUGCGCAUUGAUCUCGCCAAAGUCGAAGCGCGAACCGUACCGAUACCGUGCUGUACUUGAAGAGCAAAUUCCGUUAGCAAAUGCCGGCGCACUGGCGGAGGCUCUUGAAGCGGGGCUGCAAAUAGCGGUCGGAAAGCUUCCCCGACCGCGUGAGCACGACGAUCUCCGGACGUGGCCGCGGGCGGCUGACGACGAGGCCGUGCUUGACUUCACACAGACCUGGGACCAGGGACUUCGGCAGGCUGUGUUUCAGCGCAUUCGCGACGCUACCCGGAACCAUUUUCGUGCGGGCGGCCAGAAGUACCGCGUGCUGGAUGGGUCGAGUGACGAACAACAACGCCUCAUUAUUCGCGCGAACCACGCCCCAGUUCUUGUGCAGCAAAAGCAAAAGGGUAGCUUGGACUUGUCGCCAGCUCUUUUCGCCCCGGGCGUCCGGGGGUACGGAUGGCAUUCGGUCUGGUUGGGUUUUCACGAACCCGAUCGAGAUAUCCCGCCGACGGUGAGGGCGGUCAAGGCAGGCGAUAUCGAGCACCAGCAUCUCGACUUUGAAUCCUUUGCGUUUCAGCGCCGCCCGAGGAGUAGUCCCGCCGGGCGGAGCCGAAGAAGUGUGCAACAAGACGCCAAAGGAAAUUCCGUAAAGAUCCAAGAUCGCUUCUUCCCGCGCCGGUACGGAGGCAGAAACAUUCCAGUGCCCCUCUUUCCCGAGGAGGAGGAGGAGGAUGUUCUCGAUCGAUAUCUGCAGGUGGAUCACUACGAGUCCGUCCCUAAGGCUUCGUCAGCUGCAAGAUUGCGCAACUUGGUCCACGCGGAGCGGGACCGCGGCGUCGACCUAGUAGACUCUAGAGCGGGAGCAACAGCAGUACGUGGUCCUGGGACUGGAACUUCAACUUCGAAUACUACAAAAUCCGUUGUAGGACAAAGCGGAGCAGGAAUAGAUGAAAAGCUGAGCUGCAAAGAGGAGGUCGUGGAUGACCUUUCGUGUAGUCGUUCGCUUUCGCCUCCAUUAGGCCGGCCUGCGACGGCAACGACCUGUUCUACGGAGGACAGCGGAACCCGCCCGGGGUCGUCCUGUUCCGUGACCACUGUCGGCUCUUUCAGUGCAGGUUCUGUAGCAGGAGCAGCCAGCACUCCUUAUGUGGCCAAACCUGCGGAUCCGUUCGCAACUUCUGUCGGUGGAGCUGCGCCGGCGACCGUGCCGGUUCUCGUGUUGCAAGACGAGAAAGGGACGGUCGAGCGAGAAGGCGGGGCAGUGGAGAUGAGUAUCUCUGCCGAGGGGAAAAGAGAACAACAAGGAGCUGGAGCGAGCUACCGUCCCACGACGGGAGGCUAUCCCGCCGCGGGGACUUCAUCUGAAGGUUGCUCUGCGCUAGCAGCACGCAGACAGCUGGUUGCGAGCGGAGGAAUGUUUCUUCCGAACCAUGGCUACAAGGAUGCGCACGAGAUCCAGGGCCUGUCGCCACCAAGGCUACGGAUCGUCCCGUUUAAAGGUGGUGCAUGCUCCGCACUCGACGGAAGCCCCGCGCGGGGCGUCCGGGCGACUCGAAAAGGGCUGCAGUUUGGUUCAGCGGGGGGUGCAUCCGAUAGUGAGUUUCGCGGUAACUACAAGGGAGACGGAGGUGGAAGCACGAGUACAACUACCGAUGAUAGCACCCACAAGUAUGAGUUCGUAUACGCACGGCUUGGUGAGGCACACGACCGAAGUGAGCUCGUGUACGACGAGGAUUACGAGUCCAAGCUACUACCAGCUAUCCGGAACCUGGUAAACCAAUUGAAACAGAGCUGCAAGACGGGAGUGCUUGCGACACUGAAUGAGGAAGACGAAGUCCGGGAUCAGUGUGGUUUUGUUCCUUACAGCAGCCAAUCAAGAUCCUUCUGUCCUUCCUCCGCUCUGGUCGUCACUGUGGCGCAUACGAUCCGGGAAGCAGGUCCAUUGAUUUCGUCCUCGUUAUAUGCAGAUGACUGUCAUGCGGAGCAGGAACCGCAGGACGAUGCCGAAUCGCUUGAAAGAUUUCUGGAGCGGCAAGAGCAUCUGAUUGCAGAGGGGACCGGAGGGCGCUUUCCAGGAGGAGCGGUCUUUUUACGAAUCCUUCCGCCCAAGGAUCGGAAACGCUUUCCCUGUCGUCUACGCCGCAUGUUCUACCACGUUUUGAUCGCGACAGGAUCCGAAUCGGAUGAAAUUGAUUUGGGGGUAAAUAAGUAUAUUGCGAACGGUAGCCUCCACUCCGAGAAUAUCCACCGUUAUAAGACCAAAACGAUCCAUCUGGAAGUUGGCGCCCCAGCGGGUGCUUCUGCUCGUGCAACAGAUUCCGUAGGUCCAUGUGUGUGUGAUACCGCAGCAGCAGAUGGAGCGCUAGCCACUGACGGCGAGAACCCGAAGACCGAAGAGAGCCUCGCCAAGUCACAGACGGCAACAUGCGGAGACAAAAAAUAAUGAGCCCAUUGUGCAGAGCCAGUUUUUCUUGAAUCGCGUUUGUCGGCGUCUCAAGAACACAGACAGAGCCGUUUUUGCAUUUCCCAGCGGUCGUUGACGACUAGAGAAUAAAGAGCCACGAUUCAUCUUGCCGGUAAAUCGGAUUUCAGUUUAAGACAAAAGUAUUGCAAAAGAUUCAUGAUGCUAUGUUCAUAGCGUUACGUAAAGGCUUUUCGAGGUUCUUCUUGAGGUUGUGCAAGUAAGUUUGAAGAGCCUUCGAAUAAUUUCGAUGAGGUACGAAAUGACCACCCACUUCUAGCGUCUUCAUUGCUUCGGUAUCCUUUUGACGCGCUCUUUUUCUUUUUGAUAUCGUGUUUUGAAUAGUUUCAUUCAGGAUGCGUCAUCUUAACGUUGGAAAAAAAAACACAGAACAAGCCAUGAAGAUACGCAUUUGUGUUGUGGUGCAGCAUUCUAACCUGUUUGACUCUAU